CUGCUUGGAUACACUUUGAUUGUGCUCGUCAUGGCUGCUGGUAUCGGUAUCGCGAAAACCAUGGUGGUACACAGUGUUAGCAACGCUCUGUCACCAUUAUGCAACAUCCCAGGAGCUGGCUUCUUCAGCCUCCCAUUCUGCGACGUCGGACACAAUGAUCGCAGAGGUCCCGUCGAGUUCGACAAGCUGGUCAUCACUCAAUCAAAUUUCGAGGACAUCCUUGAAGCUUCUGUUCACCAAGCUGCUCUGCCUUUGGCCAUGAAGAACUCGGAGCUAUCUAUCCGCGAUCUACGCACAGUAGUCAGACACUCCAGUCUGGGUUCCCGCAACGAACUCGUCAACGAAUUCGACGGCUUCAUCGAAACCGCCCGUCAAGCCAGCGACGGCCUCUCCCAAUUCAAUUCCAGGAUCUCUCGCGCAUUAGACGGCAUUCUCUCCGCCAACCGCUGGACAAUGAAAGUACUCCAAGGCAUCGAAGCCGCUCCAGACUCCGAAGGCAUAAUACCCCGCUUCUUCUCGCAAUACCUGUCUUUAGCUGUACCCCAACAAUCUACUCAGGACAUCAUCUACGACCAGUACAUCCGCCACACCUCCGAAGUAGAAGAGCAAAUCCAAAUCUGCAUUCUCGAAGCAAACACCCUGCUCGAAGUCUUGGAGAACCUCGACGACCGCCUGCACCAAAUUCAAGAUAUCGCUCAUCGCGAAGACCUCAAAGUUGGCGAUGCAAAAGCAGAGUUGUUGGGUUUACUCUGGACGAAACUAGGUGGCAACAGAGGUCCUUUGGCUAAACAAGAACAACAAUUGGCUACUCUGAAUGAUGUGGGCAGAUAUCGCAAAACUGCUAUGCAACAUGUGAUCUCUACUCUUGUUAAGCUCAAGGAUAUUGAGAAUAAUUUGAGUCAGCUGAGGGAUGAUGUUGCUGCGCCUACUAUUGUGGAUAGAGAGAGAAUGCCGUUGGAGAUGCAUAUUGAUCUUAUCAGUUCUGCUGUUGAUCGUUUACAGACGGUUAGGGAUGAGGGUAGAAGG